GCCUUAUGGAGGUCAGACGACGUAAUGUAACACCCAAAGAGCCAUCUGAAUUCACCGCCAAAGAUUUAAUCCAAACUCUGGAUGCCUUCCCAAAGUUACCUCAGGAAUGCAAAAAGUCAACCACGGGUGGUGGUCUAGUCACACUACUUACAGGGGCAUUGAGUAUUAUCCUUUUGAUUUCUGAGAUACGUAAUUACGUCGUACCGAAGUACAGAUACUCCUACGAAGUUGACAAGGAUUUUGACUCGAAAGUACAGAUAAACAUAGACUUGGUGGUUGCUACCAAGUGCGAAUAUACUUCUUUGGAUCUUCUCGAUGUAACGGGGUCCCAAACAGAUUCGGACGGGAAUGUACACUACCGGAAAGCAACAUUCCAAUUGACGGGGACGGACAGAGAACGCUUCGAACGGAGGCAUGAUAUAAUGGAUCUCCUUCGAAGUCAACAUUUGGUUGUGCCUGAAAUGUUGUGGAAACGUGAUCAUUUAUUCAGCCCAUUAAGUUUAUUUGGAUUACUCAACGGAGGCGGGUACGAGGAGAAACCGGGAUUCAGAAAACGGGAUCGAUACGACGCUUGUCAUAUCUCAGGCAAAGUUUUUGUGCGAAAAGUGGCUGGGAAUAUCCAUCUGGUCCCCGGCAAAGCGUUCACUGGCGCUGGAGGUGUACACAUGCAUAUCGCACCAUUACUCGCGCUUUCAGCCUGGAGACAAAUCCCCCCCUCCGUAGAACCAAAAUGGUUCAACUUCAGUCACAGGAUCAAUCACUUCUCCUUUGGUGUGCACGUUGCAAAUCGUGUCAAUCCACUGGACGCCAUCGAACAGAUCGCGGUUUCGCCGAUGCAAACCUUCCAGUAUCACGUCAGUAUCGUACCUACUCGCAUAAUCUACACCUUCUCUCAAUCGGACACCUACCAAUAUGCCGUCACUAUGAAGAACCAUUCCAUUAAUCACAGCGAAGGGAAACAUGGUGUACCAGGCAUUUUCAUCACUUACGAGACCUUUCCGUUGCGGGUUCAAGUGACCGAAUGGAGGGAAUUGUUCGGCACAUUCUUGGCUCGUUUGGCCGCUCUGGUCGGUGGUCUUUUUGCUACCGUCGGGUUUAUACGUCAAGCCGUGUGCGGCAUACCUGAGGCACUUUUGCACACUCGCGUCGGUCGCCAGUGGCGAGCACGUUGGAUCAGAUUUCGUCGGCAGCGUCUCGCUGGCCAAGGGACAGAUACAAUCAUUCAUGAAACCAUUCUGGAUCCAGGUUGAUCAGUCCACUGUUGCAAUAUGCAUUCCCAUGCGAAACUGUGAUUACUUCUGCCAACCGCUUCUUUUUGCUGCCUACCCAACCGGUCUGCCUGGGUUUUUGCUGCUUUUUCUCUAUCUUCACGUAAUCCUUUCACCCUUUUUUCACCUUUUGGUUUUCUCAGCCCAUGACUAAGCCUUUUCUUGAUCAAUCAGAACGAGCACACUCCUCUUUGUUGCGUUACGCCCUAU